AUGAUGGAAGUAGUCGUCAGCGACCGUCUCGGCCGCCGCGUGCGCGUCAAAUGCGAGCCCGACGACACCAUCGGCGACCUGAAGAAGCUCAUUGCUGCCCAGGUCGGCACGCGACCCGACAAGCUCAAGCUGCAGAAGUGGACCAUUGUGUACCGUGACCACAUCACGCUGGCUGACUACGAAAUCCAGGACGGUACAGGCCUCGAACUAUUUUAUCAAUAG